ACAAAAGAGGUUGAUGCACCUUCACUCGGUCCAGGAUCAACACUGGUCUCAAUGUUUAGAGGAAUGGGCGUCGACCCCUCCAUGGCCUCCUGGGGCAGAGGAGCACCAGCACUGGGAAGAGGAGCAGCUGGAGAUUUGGGUGAGCUGCAACCAGUCGGUGUCAUCAGCAAACCAGAAGGCCAACUGGAAAAGGUGACGGUCCGAGGCAGCAGUUACCAAGAGGUUUUUCGAGGUUUGGCCCCUCAGACGAUGAUGGGGCUUGGAAGAGCGGCGAUGCCUUUCCCCGGAAGAGGACGAGCUGUCCCUCCUUUUUCUCCAGGUCAAGUUGAGCCAGGUCCUCCAGCCUCUGAGCCACAAACAGCCGCCCCACACCUUCAGACUUCCCCCACAGAAACCAUACCCCCGAUGCCCAUUACUCGAGAGGAGCUGGCUCCAGCAAAGGAGAUGAAAAUGGAGGCAGUCCAGGAGGCUAUUAAUAAAGCUGGAACAAAAGGAGCUGCAAUAACGAUCGGCUCGAACCACAUCGUGAUUCGUUGCAAGAACGAAGCCGUGUAUCAGUACCAUGUGACAUUCACUCCAAAUGUGGAAUCAAUGGGGAUGCGUUUCGCCAUGAUGAGAGAUCACCGCGAGACCACAGGAGAAGUUAUAGCUUUUGAUGGAUCCAUUCUCUUCAUGCCUGUUCAAAUGGAAGACGUGGUUCAUCUCAAGAGUGUGAGACGAACCGAUAAUGAGGAAAUAGAUAUACGAGUCCAGAUGACGAAGAUUUUGCCACCAAACUCGGAUCUAUGCAUCCCGUUCUACAAUGUGGUGCUCAGGAGGUAUUUUAAUAUUAAUCCUACACUGUUUUU